GAAGGGGAAGGGCAGUGUAACUUUUAGUAGCCGCCAUGUUUUUCUCUGAGUGGGGUGUGUAGAAGAGGCCGGGGUGAAAAUCAUCUCUCGAGGCAUGCAGUGUCAAAAUGGGAAGGAGACUAUGUUUGUUAUCCUUCACUAAGACCUGCCAGCCUCAUUUCCACAAGACAUCCACCACCUGUGUACAAGAACUAAAUAAUUUUUAAUAUCAACGUAACUGAAAUCACAAGAAGCACCACCAUUGAUUGUGGGCAACGAAACUAAAAGAGAGAAAUUACAAGUAACGAAAAACCGAGAAACAAAAGAACAUUUAAUUGAACUAGUAAAUGUCAAGGUGGUGGAUUCAAUAAUAUCGAAACAUUAAAGGACAAUAAUAUAAUACAGUAACUCUAUUGUAAAUAGGCAUGUUUAUAUGUAAAGGAGAGAAGAUGAUCACCCUGGAGGUAGUGGAGUCAGUGAAAGUUCCUGGGUCUAGGAGGAGCUUUAUUAAAAGGAAAUGAGGAAUCCGGCAUUGCACCUGGUCGGGAUAGCGACGUCCCCUGGAGGGGGUGAAGUCUUUGGUACAAGGGCCGAGGAAGAGUUGCGACAGUGGCUUGAGGCACGCUUGGACGCAUUGGGAAUAGAUCCUGUUGCGUACUCGCGGUUUGUGCUCAGCCUACUGCGCUGCCCUGACUCGGCCCUAAGCCCUCCAGAAGAACCCAUAGGUACUGGUAGAAACGGAGGACGUCGCAUUCGGGCCCGACCUAAAGCAAAACUGCCCACUCAAGGAAAUAGGGAGCAAAGGCGUGCCGUUGUGCAAUGUUUAACAAGUGCUGCUGAUAAUAAAUGUGGGGUGGAGACACUGGUCGACGAAUUAUGUACGAAACUUCGGGACUUAGAAGGGGGUGGCUCGGACGAAAAGGAAGAGGAAUAUAACAAGUCCGAUAGUGAAAACAAACCUAAUUUAGAAUCGUUGACACCUCGUGACAGAGCUCUCAGAUAUUACGCGGCAUUUCCUGCUUUGCAACCUACGACCCUCAAGAAAUUCUCUCAGAAAAGGGAUAAAAAUUUUGGGAAUAACAACAACAAUAAUAAUAAUAAUAACAAUAAAGCUAACGGAGUUAGCUACAAUAAUAAUAAAAAUACCAAUAAAUCCCGUAAUAAGAAAACUAAAAUGUCUAUUAGUAUUGAUUCGAGAAGAUCGGAGGAAAAACAAGGGUUUGGAUUUGUCAAGUCGAUGGAACGUGAACGGGAAAAGGAACUAGAAUUGGAUAAACUUCGAUUGGCACAGUUGCAAGCAAAGUUUGACGAGAGCUUGGAAGCACUUUGGGACUCAGGGCCAGGCAAUGCACAAGACACGGCUUCAAUUUGGGCAGCACCCACACUUUCUAUUCCUUCAGGACCCCUUUGGCCGACAGAUACUACCGAGACAAUCUUUACUUUAUCCACCUCAGACAAUGGCUAUGCUACUGACACAUCGUAUCAAGAAUUUAACUUCGACGACUCGCCGCCCAUUCCAUGGGAUAUCGAUAUAAUCAGCACUGAAGAGUAUGCGGAUGAAUAUAGUAACAAGGAUGAAUCAGAAAGCAACGUUAACUGGUCUGACUCGGCUAUGGAUGGAUCAUGGUCCUGGAAAGGGCUUGACAGUAACCUAGCUGCCUUGGGUCAUAGUCCUCAGACAGGUAGCUGCUUCUUUCCAGUCGCACCUCGUAAGACUCCCAUUGGAACACGCAAAGAAUCUCGUUCAAAUCUGAAGGUAAACAGCCUUCCAGAACCAGACGAGGACUUGCUAACUUCCGCUCGCACACACUUUCGUCCAAUAAAGGAUGACGGUCAGUGGGCCGAUGGGACUACGUUUCCUGUGAACAAUACUUUAGAGCGGGUCGCAUAUCGGAGAUCUGAGUCAGGAAACUUGUUAUAUCUUCCUGGCGGCGAGAGCCCUUACAUGGAGUAUCGAGAGAAUGACUCGCCGUUACCUCCGGUAUCUACCAAUUUAACGUUGAAAUUCAGGGUGCGUCAAUGUGACAAGUGCGUUCAAACCGAGCCCAUUAGAUCUCCGGUCAAACGCAGAAUUCUCUCCGAACAGGAUUACAUUCAUUAUACUCCCGUUGGAGUGGAAGAUACUGUUAUUCGCGAAGAGGAGAAAGUCGAGAAAGAUUCCUAUGUAUUGGGUCAACUGGGCUGGGUGCGAUCUAACGUACCUCUGCACAAUGAUAGGAAAAGAAGGCACAGUAGCAGCUUUGGAUGCCAGCCUGUGACGACUUUGCGUCCGCUGACCUUAUGAACUGGAUAGAAUAAUGAGCUGCUAAUUAAGCGCUAUGACUGGAGAGUUCGUGGUUUAGCUAAACUUUUUUGUUUGUCAAGACGAAGACGCAAACCGUUAAUGAAGGGAAAAGAUAGUUAAAAAGAAGUAUGACACUCGGGGGGCCUCUUGGCAUGUGGAAUUUGUUAUGCAUGUAUCCAAGAUGGUGCCGUUAACACGAAACAAAAUAAUGCAUCCCCCGUUGUCUUUAAACGAAGAGUAAUAAUAAUGAAAAAGUAACAGUUGUAACGCGAGCAAAGCGAGACAAGAGGGGUAUUAAACGUUCAUUUAGAUAAUUAUUAACCCUUUGACAAAUAAAACAGAAGAGAGGAUACGGAACGAAAUAGAGGAAGGAAAACGGUGUAUAUGUUACGAAACGCAGCAUUCAACGAUGAAAGCGCGCGUGCGUGAGUGAGAACGAGCGCGCGAGAGAGAGAGAGAAUGAGAGAAAGAAGUAAUGCGAGCGUAGUCCACGAGAUUUCGUUUGUAGCUUGUUGAUAAUUUUAUGUGACACUUUCUCGUGGAGAGAGAGACGAAAACGCAAAAAAAGUAAUAAAAUAUUAGUGCGCUGAUUUUUCUAGAAAAUGUAGCGUGCAGUUUAACUUUUUUGUUUCUCAUCCAUUGUGCAGGCGAUCCACUGUAUGUUUGCAUUGGAUGCACUGCAGGAAAAAGAGGAGGAAAUGAAAAUAAAAAUGUAAUUAUGAAAAAUACUUUCAAAAAAAGAACGACAUUUAUUUAAAGUGAGAAAAAAACAAAAAAAGGUUAAAAGACAAAAAAUAUGUCGGAAGACUUUUCAGGAUGGAGUACUUAUAUAUAUAGAUAUAUAUAUAUAUAUGAGCAGAAAAACGAGUAUAUAAAAAGUGCCGCGAUUACAAUAUUAAAAGUCGAGAAUCAUCGAAAUACUAUUCUAUUUUCUUGUUGUUUUUUCGUAACUAUUAAUGAAUUAUCUUAAUUAUAUCCCCCUGUAAUUAUAAUUUAACAUCCUAGAAGAUUAAUAUCCUGUUUCCCCGAUACCAUCAUUCACUAUAUCCCAUGUUUUAAAAGAAAUCCAGAGUAUCCAAUGCUUUUCCUAUGCUCCCUCAGAGUAAAUAUCGGAAAAUAUUACGGUCGUGCAUGUGAAAAAGACAAGCAAAGAAAUAAGAACCUUGUAACUUAUGGAAAUACUACGUUUACCUUUAAGAUGAAGGUAAGCGUGAGUGAAAGGGACAGAAGAGAGAGAGAGCGAGCGGGAGAGAGAAGAUUUAUUAGAAAAAUGAAUGCCUUUUAAGGCGAAGGGAAAAGAAAGUGAAUAAAAUGUUAUUGAAAAAAAUGUGGUUAUAAUGUUAACGCAACGCGAGGAGCGUUGUUUCAGAUGAUAAACGAUAUUGUGACGUGAACUGCGAUGCGAAGAAAACGAACGAAAUAAAGGGGAUUUAAAAAAUGACGAACGAACACGCAUAAAAUGUAUUCUCUGCGCGAAAUAAUGUACGCGAAGGGAGUAACCAAAUAAAGGCAUUGCAAACGCUGAAUAACA